GGACUCUCUUGUACAUCUGCAGUUUCCCCGCGGCUCUUUCGGGUCCUUCUGAUGCCACAGAAAUUGAAUGUCUGGGAUGGAAAACAAAUAAAGGUGAAAUAGUUGCAGGAUGAAAACAUGGCCGCACCCCUUCUUGCACCCCCAGGACCUGACAGUUUUAAAUACUUCACUCCGGAGUCGCUCGCUAACAUCGAAAAGCGCAUCCAAGAAGAGAAGAACAAGAAGCCGCCCAAGCCCAGGUCCGACAGCAGCCACCGCGACACUUCUGACGACAAUGAGGCCAAACCCAACAGUGACCUGGAGGCGGGGAAGAGCCUGCCCUUCAUCUAUGGAGAUAUUCCGGACGGGAUGGUGGCCACGCCGCUGGAGGACCUGGAUCCAUUUUAUAUGAACAAAAAAACAUUUAUAGUCCUAAACAAAGGGAAAACAAUCUUCCGCUUCAGUGCCACGCCCUCCUUGUACAUCAUAAGCCCUUUUAAUCUUCUAAGACGCAUAGCUAUUAAGAUUUUGAUACACUCAUUAUUCAGCAUGAUCAUCAUGUGCACCAUUUUGACCAACUGUAUUUUCAUGACCUUUAGUGACCCUCCUGAGUGGUCCAAGCAAGUAGAGUACACCUUCACAGGGAUCUAUACGUUUGAGUCGCUCACUAAAAUCGUGGCUCGAGGUUUUGCGAUAGAUGACUUCACUUUCCUCAGAGACCCCUGGAACUGGCUGGACUUCAUGGUCAUUUCUAUGGCAUACAUCACAGAGUUUGUGGACUUGGGAAAUGUGUCAGCGCUGAGGACGUUCAGGGUGCUCCGAGCUCUCAAAACUAUUUCUGUCAUUCCAGGCCUGAAGACCAUCGUCGGAGCUCUGAUCCAGUCUGUGAAGAAGCUGUCAGACGUGAUGAUCCUCACCGUGUUCUGCCUCAGUGUCUUUGCUCUCAUCGGCCUCCAGCUCUUCAUGGGGAACCUCCGACAGAAGUGUGUUUUCUGGCCCAUCAACAUAACAGGGCAGUACCUGUCCAACGGCAGCAGAGGCUUCGACUGGGGGGAGUACAUCAUGAACGACUCUAAUUUCUACUUCCUGCACGGUCAGCUGGACGCUCUCCUUUGUGGAAACAGCUCAGAUUCAGGGCGCUGUCCGGAGGGCUACACGUGUAUGAAAGCCGGGAGGAACCCAAACUAUGGCUACACCAGCUUUGACAGCUUUGGAUGGGCCUUCCUCACUCUCUUCAGGCUCAUGACACAGGACUUCUGGGAAAAUCUCUACAUGCUGACUCUGCGAGCUGCGGGUAAGACCUACAUGAUCUUCUUCGUGCUGGUGAUCUUCGUGGGCUCAUUCUACCUGGUGAAUCUGAUCCUGGCUGUGGUGGCCAUGGCAUAUGAGGAGCAGAACCAAGCCACGAUGGAGGAGGCGGAGCAAAAGGAGGCGGAGUUUAAAGCCAUGUUAGAGCAGCUCAAGAGGCAACAGGAGGAGACGCAGGCGGCUGCGAUGGCCACUUCAGCAGGGACGGUGUCAGAGGCGGCCCUGGAGGACGAGGGCGGGGGGCACCUGUCAAGGAGUUCCUCUGAGGUCUCACGGCUCAGUUCCAAAAGCGCCAAAGAGCGACGCAACCGCAAGAAGAAAUGGCGUCAGAAAGAACAGGAGAAGGAGAAAGGAGACAGCGAGAAGGUGGUGAAGUCUGAGUCUGACGAUGGGAGCAAACGAAGCACCUUAAGAUUCCCUGGGACUCGACUGGGCAGGAAGACGUCCAUCAUGGACCAGUCCCUGCUGUCUAUCCCUGGCUCUCCGUUCAUGUCACGCCACAACAGCCGCAGCAGCAUCUUCAGCUUCAAGGGCCGCUCGAAGGACAUGGGCUCCGAGAACGAAUUCGCCGAUGAUGAGCACAGCACGGUGGAGGAGAGCGAGGACCGGCGGGGCUCUCUCUUUAUCCCCUACAGACGCAACAGCUACAGUGGCUACAGCCAGGGCUCCUCACGCAUCCACCCGCUGGCGCCCCACUCAGGAGGGAAGAGGAACAGCACCGUGGACUGCAAUGGCGUGGUGUCUCUGAUUGGACCAGGGCCCGACCGGCGACUCCUGCCUGAGGCUACGACGGACGUGGAGCUGAAGAAGAAGCAUUCGGGGUCGCUCAUGGUUUCGGUCGAUCAACUCAACUCCUCGUUCAAAGAGAAGGACCACACCAAGAGCCAGAUGAGCGUUGUCACCAACACGCUCCUAGAGGAAUUGGAGGAGUCCCAAAGGAAAUGCCCCCCCUGCUGGUAUAGGUUUGCUAACGUCUUCCUGAUCUGGACCUGCUGUCCGCUGUGGCUGAAGAUAAAGCACAUCGUGUACCUGAUCGUCAUGGACCCUUUUGUGGACCUCGCCAUCACCAUCUGUAUCGUCCUCAACACGCUCUUCAUGGCCAUGGAGCACUACCCCAUGACCCCACAUUUUGAAGAGGUCCUCGCCACGGGAAACCUGGUGUUCACUGGUAUCUUUGCUGGGGAGAUGUUUGCUAAGCUGAUCGCCAUGGACCCGUACUAUUACUUCCAGGAGGGGUGGAACUGCUUUGACGGCUUCAUCGUGACGCUGAGUUUAGUGGAGCUGGGUUUGUCUGAUGUGGAGGGCCUGUCUGUGCUCAGGUCAUUCAGAUUGUUGAGAGUGUUCAAACUGGCUAAGUCCUGGCCCACCCUGAACAUGUUGAUAAAGAUCAUUGGGAACUCUGUGGGAGCUUUGGGAAACCUGACUUUGGUGCUGGCCAUCAUUGUCUUCAUCUUCGCCGUGGUGGGGAUGCAGCUGUUUGGGAAAAGUUACAAAGACUGUGUGUGUAAGAUCGCCGAAAGCUGUGAGCUUCCACGCUGGCACAUGAACGACUUCUUCCACUCCUUCCUGAUCGUGUUCCGGGUGCUGUGUGGAGAGUGGAUCGAGACCAUGUGGGACUGUAUGGAGGUGGCAGGUCAAACCAUGUGUCUCACGGUCUUUAUGAUGGUCAUGGUCAUCGGGAAUCUGGUCGUGUUAAAUCUGUUCCUGGCUCUGCUGCUGAGCUCUUUUAGCGCUGAUAACCUGGCAGCCACAGAUGAUGACGGAGAACCCAACAACCUGCAGCUGGCCAUGGCCCGAAUCCACAAGGGAAUCGCCUGGUUCAAACUCAACAUGAGGGCCCUGGUCGCACAGGUGCUCAAAAAGCCCAUGGAGGACGAGCAGAAGCCGUUGGACGAGAUGUAUGAGGAGAAGCUCAAAUGCAUUGCCAACCACACAGUGGACAUAAACCGCGAGAUGGGGGACUACGCCAAAAACGGGAACGGCACCACCAGCGGCAUCGGGAGCAGCGUGGGCAAAUACAUGAUCGACGAAGACUACAUGUCCUUCAUCCAUAAUCCCAACCUAACCGUGUGUGUGCCGAUCGCUGUGGGAGAAUCCGACUUUGAAAACCUGAACACGGAGGACUUCAGUAGUGAAUCAGACAUGGAAAACAGCAAAGACAAGCUGGAUGACACAAGCUCUUCAGAGGGCAGCACCAUUGACAUAAAGCCUGACGUGGAGGAGGUGGCUGUGGUGGAGGUGGUGGAGGAGUACCUCGACCCAGAGGCCUGCUGGACAGACGAGUGCGUGGCCAAGUACAAGUGCUGUGACGUGCCCAUCACUCACGGCUGGGGGAAGUACUGGUGGUUCCUCAGAAAAACUUGUUACCUCAUCGUGGAGCACAACUGGUUUGAGACGCUCAUCAUCUUCAUGAUCCUGCUCAGCAGCGGAGCCCUGGCAUUUGAAGAUGUGUACAUUGAGCAGAGGAAAACAGUGAAGAUCAUUCUGGAGUAUGCAGACAGAGUGUUCACAUAUAUCUUUAUCCUGGAGAUGUUACUCAAAUGGGUCGCCUACGGAUUUGUCAAAUAUUUCACCAAUGCCUGGUGCUGGCUUGACUUCUUCAUUGUGGAUGUGUCUAUAGUCACCCUUAUAGCUAAUGCACUGGGCUACUCCGAUCUAGGCCCGAUUAAGUCCCUCAGGACACUGAGGGCCUUGCGGCCCCUCAGAGCCCUUUCACGUUUUGAAGGGAUGAGGGUGGUGGUGAACGCCUUGGUGGGUGCCAUCCCUUCCAUCAUGAACGUGCUGCUGGUGUGUCUGAUCUUCUGGCUUAUCUUCAGUAUCAUGGGAGUCAAUCUAUUUGCUGGGAAGUACUACUACUGCUAUAACGAGACCGCCGAGGACCGUUUUAGCGUAGACAUAGUCAACAACAAAACGCAGUGUCUGUAUCUGAUUAGUUUAAACUACUCCGAGGUUCGAUGGAAGAAUGUGAAGAUCAACUUUGACAAUGUCGGCUCGGGGUAUCUGGCUCUGCUGCAAGUGGCAACAUUCAAAGGCUGGAUGGACAUUAUGUACGCUGCCAUAGAUUCUAGAAAGGUGGAAGACCAACCAAUAUACGAGGAUAACCUGUACAUGUACAUCUACUUUGUCAUCUUCAUCAUCUUUGGAUCCUUCUUCACUCUGAACCUCUUCAUCGGUGUCAUCAUCGACAACUUCAACCAGCAAAAGAAAAAGUUUGGAGGUCAGGACAUCUUCAUGACAGAGGAGCAGAAGAAAUACUACAAUGCCAUGAAAAAGCUUGGCUCCAAGAAACCACAAAAACCAAUCCCAAGGCCACAGAACAAUAUCCAGGGCAUGGUGUUUGACUUUGUAACACAGCAGGUUUUUGAUAUCUCCAUCAUGAUGCUGAUCUGCCUGAACAUGGUGACAAUGAUGGUGGAGACGGAUGAUCAAUCAGAGGAGACAGAGAAUGUUCUGUACUGGAUCAACUUUAUCUUUAUCGUGGUCUUCACCGGAGAGUUCCUCCUCAAACUGUUCGCUCUGAGGCAUUACUACUUCACCAAUGGCUGGAACAUCUUUGACGUGGUGGUGGUCAUCCUCUCCAUCGUCGGUAUGUUCUUGGCUGACCUGAUCGAGAAGUACUUUGUAUCCCCGACGCUGUUCCGUGUGAUCCGAUUGGCUCGUAUUGGUCGAAUCCUGCGUCUUAUCAAAGGCGCCAAAGGCAUCCGGACACUGCUUUUCGCUUUGAUGAUGUCACUUCCUGCUCUCUUCAACAUCGGCCUGCUCCUCUUCCUGGUCAUGUUCAUCUUCUCCAUAUUUGGCAUGUCCAACUUCGGAUACGUCAAACACGAUGCUGGAAUCGACGACAUGUAUAACUUUGAGACAUUUGGGAACAGUAUGAUCAUCUUGUUCAUGAUCACCACCUCCGCUGGCUGGGACGGUCUUCUGCUGCCUAUCCUCAACUACCCUCCCGACUGUGACCCGCAGUUUGAAAACGCCGGGACCCCCGCUACCGGAGACUGCGGCAACCCGUCCGUCGGAAUCUUCUUCUUCGUCAUGUACAUUAUCAUUUCUUUCCUGAUCGUCGUCAACAUGUACAUCGCUAUCAUCCUGGAGAACUUUAGCGUAGCCACGGAGGAGAGCGCCGAUCCACUCAGCGAAGACGAUUUCGAAACCUUUUACGAGAUCUGGGAGAAGUUUGAUCCGGAUGCGUCACAGUUUAUCAGUUAUGCCAAGCUGGAGGACUUUGCGGACGCGCUAGAGCAUCCUUUGCGCGUUCCCAAACCGAACACAAUCGAACUCAUCGCCAUGGAUAUGCCAAUGGUGAGUGGUGAUCGCAUCCACUGCCUAGAUAUUCUUUUUGCCUUUACCAAACGAGUCCUGGGAGACAGCGGCGAACUGGACAUGCUCAGACAACAGAUGGAGGAGAGAUUUGUAGCGGCCAAUCCUUCUAAAGUGUCUUACGAACCGAUUACGACAACUUUGAGAAGAAAGCAGGAAGACGUAUCCGCUCGGGUCAUCCAGAGAGCGUACCGCGCUUAUCUAGCGAGGCGCGGCUUCGUAUGCAAGCGCAAACCCGUGAAAAACAAGCCCGAAAAUGAGGACAAUCAAGAGCAAGAGAAGAAAGAGGGAACUCCGUCAACUGCCUCCCUGCCUUCCUACGACAGCGUGACCAAACCCGAAAAGGAGAAGCAGGAAGACAACAUGGAGGGCAAAGGCGGGCGCAAGGAGAAAGGCAGAAACCCCAAAGACAUCAGGGAAUCGAAAUGCUAAGAGGAUUGACGAAUGACACUUAUAAUAACACUGGAAAUUAUUAAACUAUAUUAACUCCAAGCAAGGAAACUCACACAGAUGUACAGAUUUCAUUUGCAAGUCCGAGAAAAUAAUACUCAAGAAAUUUUGUUUACGAUUCUUGUAUUUAUGCAAGGGGGAACGCAACUCGGAACACUCUUUAGCAUACUGUGUGGCAAUGAGGUUCCUAGACUAUUAACUAUUAGAGGGAUAUACCUACUAUAUAAAGGAAUAUAGGAGGAUUGCUCACUUGCCACUAUGUGAAUGAUCACGCAAGGAGUUUGACGAGGAAAAAAACGAAACGUGAAAUGAUACGAGUAAUGGAUUCCUAUGGAAGACACCGGCAUGCGCGGGGACUUUGGCUGCGUCUUGUCGCCAGCCUGAACCAAGCGGUGCGUUUGAAUCGAAGGACAAGUGGUCAGUGAGCGGAGGAGGCAAUGGAGAGAGUGAACUUUGAGAGAGAUUUUGAUUUCGUAGUGCUAGAAGUUAAUUUAUGCAGCAAAAUGCAAUGAAAAAAGAACUAUCUUCAACUCUGCCCAUGUUACUGUUACAGCCAUUCGAUAUUUGUUACACCCACAUCCAAGCGCUUUUUUACAUGGGCUUUUACACCAAUUGGUUUAAAAGGGUCUGUUUAAUUUAUUAUUAUUAAUGUUGAUAAUAAUAACAUAGGGGUCAACUCGGGCCAAGGGCUUAAACCUAACAUUUAUUCCGAACGGUUUCCAAACAUAAAUAAUUGUGCUUGUUCAAAUGCAUAGAAAUGACUUUGCAUGAUGGCAUGUUUUUGAUCAAACGAAAAAAAGAAAAAACUUGCAUGAAAUUAUCAUAGUCCACAACAAGACACUAAUACUCGAGAUUGGGCAAAAUUUUGAGGAAGUUGAGAAUUUUUGAAGUGUUAAAAAGUGGGUCCGUAACACAAAACAUAUUUUUUAUUUUAUUAACACAUUUCAAAUAACUGUAUGCUAAAAUGUUGACAUAAGAAUGAACUAUGGAGCAAUGGGUAAGAUUUAAACAAUGAUUUGCUGCUUUGAGAAUAUAUAUUGUUUGUUUAUUUUUGUACGCAAUGUAAUACCAUACCAUUUUUGCCUUUAGUUGCUUAUAAGGGGCAUUGUAGAGGCUUUAUAGAGCAGGCUAACUCCAUUCGUAUGUUUUCUGGUGGUUAACAAAAAGGGCUGCUAUAACGACGCUAUAACAAAUUUAAUUGUAAUUUUGGAGAGCGCCUUGUUUUAUUUUCUGGAACGUUUUUCGGAAGAGGGAAAAAAUAUGUCCGGAGAAGCCAAAGAGUUCUGCCUUUUUUGGGAUUUCGACCAUGCAAGACACAGAAGGAUACUAUAGAAUCGUAUGCAAAUGCUUGAAAAUCACCAUCCCUUUUUCUCAGGAGAUAUUAAUAGACGAACUAUUAAGAAGCUCUGCGACAAAAUGCAAGUGAAUGUGAAGGGAGAUUUCAUAUAUUUUGUGUUUUGUGUCACGAUGUUGUUGAAAUAGAGGCUGCUGAUUCGUCCAGGGGCAUUUUCCUGCUUAGAAAAUAGGGCUAGAACCAUCAACCAAACAACCAUUUACAUUAUAAUCGAUGUGUUUUAGUUGUAUGAUUGUAGACAAAAUCAGAGAAAUUGUAACGCCCCGAUAUUUAACUGAGCCUCCACGAACCGUUUUUAGCGUAGUUUUAUCGAUUAACCAAACAAGAGCUUUUGCACUUCCUGUUGUGCGAUGAUGUCACUUCCUUUGAGCUUCCCGGUCCAGUAGCUGCAUGAGUUUUCCGCGUGGGUUUUUGACGAACCAAAUCACAAAAACUACUAAAGCAGUUUAACCACACGGAAGACCACACAUCCAGCAUUUGAGGCGAAACAAAACCACACGCGAACUGCAGAAGCGAAGAUCGAACUUUUUAGAAACGAUAAAUACUGUAAAAUAUGAGUUUCU